GUUUAAAGACAUCAUUGUCAUCGGUUAGGAAACGGUUUCCAAAUUUUGGACGCUUUUCCUCGGCAGUUUCAGUCAGCUCCGCAGGAUUUGCCUCAUUUCCAAAUGCACUCAUGUCAAAAUAUUUAAGAUCGUAUAUUUUCCAUAUGUUUACUUAUACGUUUACAGCUGCUUCUUCCUUAAAUGCAGUAUUCACUAUGGUUAGAGAGUUUAGGUAUUCACAAUGAUCUACACUAAACCUAAAUUGAUUGCACGCAAUAUUAAACCAUAUCAUAUGCAUUCAAUUUAAUCAAAAAUGUUAUUAUGAUUUUCUUUUAUAGAAUUAUAUAACACAUGGUAUAUAUUUGAUGUCUCUAGAAUUUUUCGAAGCUGUAUAAUAAACAUGAUAAUAGUGUUUAAUUAUGAAUUGUUAAAAGCAAUAUUUGAAAAAUCCUGGUAACUCUAUAGUAGAAAAGACAGUAACGAAACGGAACUGCCGUUUGUGAUUAUUCAAAUUCUAUGUCUGUUUUUGGCGAAAAUAAUAUUUUCAGAACCAAAAAAAUUGUAAACGAUAUAUAUAUAUAUGUAUGGACAUCAACUUUUGUGUUUUAAGCGUUCACUUGAAACUACCUGCUGCGUGUAGACCUUGCCCGCCAUUUUAUCAGUUUAGAUAAUGCCGCUAAGGUUCAUAUGCGCGAUAAAAGGACAACAAAAUCACAGGCUUAGAUUAGUCUUGCGUUUGACGCGCGUGGAUAAACGUAAAUUUAAUUUUUUGGAGUUAAAGCUUUUUAAAACAGCUAUGGCCACAUCAACAACAAUAUUAGAUCUUAACGAUGAAUGCUUAACUGCUAUAUUCGAACAACUAAAGGGAAUGAGAGCGAAGCGAAAUUUUUCACGCACAUGCGAUAGAUUUGCAAAAAUUUAUUGUAACCACUAUAUUCAUCAAUUAAUUGUCGAAGGUUGUGACGAGCAUUUUUUCGAUAGUCGUUUAGUGACAAAAUUUGGCCAUUUGAUCGGCACUCACCUGUUCCCAAUGAAAAAUAUUAAAAGCAUUAAGUUCGACGAUACAUUUGCGCUGUUUUUCACCGAAAGAUUCUUUCGUAAGCUCCGAAGAGAUCACCAAACUAUAGAAAGCGUGGAGUUGCAUGGCUUCGCUGAUAAAGACUUACAAAACCUGUUGCCUUUGCUCAAAUUGAAGCGUCUACAUUUGAACUAUAGUCACGUGACAGGCAACUACAUAGAUCAAAUGCGUAACUUAGAGGAACUAAUUCUGGAUAAUGUGCACGAUUUCGAAUCCAGACAUUUGGUUAGUAUCCUUCAACGGAAUAAGCUACGAAAGCUGGUGGCACGCGGCUGUCCAUCUGUGUUCGCCAAAAGUGACGCUUUGGAAAUGGUACUAAAUUUAAAUUAUUUACAAGAGUUAGAAGCGAACUGGAAUGAAAUGCGCAGAUGUCAGUCAAUAGGCGAACUGCCGUGCCUGAAAGUAUUAAUUGUCAAUAAAUUUAAAACACUGCAAUGUCGCAGAUGCCGGAAAAUCGAACGUGGGGAUGCCAUGUUACCCGCCAGCGGCUACUACUAUGGCAUAUGUGAGUGCGGCUUGUAUGAGGCUAGAGAGUUAUUCAGGGGCUUACGUAAAAAACAUAUUUUGGAAAAAUUACUUUUUCUCGGCUCACGCAUAACAACCAGAGAUCUUACAUUCAUAUCGAAAUUAACCAGCUUAAAGACACUUUACAUGGGCGUAGAUAAUGUGCCGCUCUAUGUUUCGAUAGCGAUGUUUAACGGUUUAAAAGAACUGGAAGAAAUAGAUAUAGGUUAUUCGUGGAAAUUGCCAAUCGAAGCUUUGGACUUUUUGAUCAAAUGUCCAAAACUGAAAUAUGUAAAUUUUGGCAAUUCUCAAGGCUUCCCUGAGGCAUUCAUUUUGGAGGCAAUCGAAGUGAUUAAGCGUAGAGAAGUGCGACCCGCCAAACCGGUAAGGUUGCAGUUUAUGAAUCCGGACUUUAAUAAGGAAUUCCUCGAGGAUGAACGUGUAAAAGCAGCCAAACCUUUCCUGCACAUUGAUCAUUUUCAGACCGUGGAAAUGACAAGACGCCUCUACAAUUAUAUAUAUUAUUUUUGAUGGAGUUUUGUGCAUGAUCGUUAGUAGUUAGAAGUUCGUUAAAUUAAUUUAUAUAAGCGUUACAUAGUAUAGGAACGGAUUGUUUCGCAGGAAAAUUUUUUUUCUAUAUAAAAUUAUUUAAUUUAUUUAUGUGCAUAAGUGCAUUGUGAUUUUGUAUGUUUUUUAUUUAUUAUUUUUAUAUUUUUAAUAAUUAUUUUUAUUAAGCUCACUAUUUUUAAAAUCCUUUCGUAGCAUGAAAAUAAUUUUUGAUCUCAAUUAAAAAUAAAAUUUUGAAGCAAGCUUGA